UCUCAUUUAUUUCCCCCCUUACAUAUAUUAUUAUUAUAUAACAUACACUUCAACUACAAUCAAAAAUUAAGCCGUGGUUGUAGACUCAAAUAAAUAUAUACAUACAUAAACUUAAGAAAACCCCAAUUUUGUGAUAGAGUAUAUAUUAAAGUAUAUAGUAUAUCAUAUCUUGCAUCAAAUAUUAUCUUAAAUUUUUGAUUGAGUUGAUUUCUCAAUAUGGUAUCAGAGCCAGCGUGACGAAAGGAUACAGUUCAAAAUCUCAACCAACCCUGUUGCAUCCGCAAUUCUAGCUCAAAAGGCUCUCGUAAAUGGGCGUAUUAGAGUAUAUGAUACAUUUUGAGGCCUCAAUCAUCAACUUGAGUUUUAGUUUGGCGGCAAUUGGAGAAAAAGAAUGGUUCUUCUAUGUACCAAGAGAUAGGAAGUAUAGAAAUGGAGAUCGACCCAAUAGGGUAACCACUUCCGGGUAUUGGAAAGCCACCGGGGCGGAUCGCAUGAUCCGAGGAGACCAAAAUCGGGCUAUCGGGCUUAAGAAAACACUUGUAUUUUACUCCGGUAAAGCACCCAAGGGUAUUCGUAGUAGUUGGAUUAUGAAUGAAUACCGUCUUCCUCAUCAUGAUACUCAACGCUAUCAAAAGGUGGAGAUAUCGUUAUGUCGGGUGUAUAAGAGAGCCGGAGUAGAAGAUCAUCCAUCAAUAAGAAAUGGAAACUUACAAUCAAAACUAUCAAAUUCAUCUAAAACGACAUCGUAUAGCACCGCCUUUCGAGUUCAAACCACGUAUUUGCAACAACAAAUGGAGAAAGUGAGCGAGACGGAUGCUAGUAGUAGCACUGAAGUAGGGACCACUGCAAUCAGUCCAUUAGCUCUACAACACUCACUUACUCCCCCACCACCGCAAUCAGACCUACAACCACAACAACGUAGUGGUUGCAGUGUCAGUGUCGGUGGCAGCGGCAGGAGUGGAGAGGUAGAAGUGAGCCAUGGUGUGAUUACCCCAUUGCCCAUUUCUACCUCUAGUGUGGAAGAUAUUCAAAGAUUAGUUGAAUAUCAACAAGUAUGCUUUAACCAAUAUUUUCAACAACAACAACACCAACAACAACAGAUUCAGUUUGAGUCUCCUAACAAUAGCAAUUUGCCAUUUUUGUUCUCCAAUUAUCUAUUUUCACCGGCUCAAGCAGCAUUAAUCAAUAACACUUCAUUGCCAGUGCCAGGGCCGCCACCAAUGGCAGUUGGUAGCGAAUCGACUAAUCUGCAGUUGCCUUCAGCAAGUGCAUUGUGGGAUUGGAGUACAUACUCAGAGACAAAUACUAGAGACCAGUUCGGCAAUCUCUUCAAAUAACCUUUUUCAUAGUACAACGUAACUUAUUUUUCAAACUCUGAUUUUAGUUUUUAUGAGUGAGAUGUACUGAAUAUGAUGAUUUAUAUAGGUUAUUAUAUGGAGAGAUAAUUGUAUAAUAGUUUAAGUGGAG